AUGGAGGAGAGGCCAUCGUACGAACGCCACGAUGUCCUUCUACAGGGCGACUUUGUGCAGGCUCCGACACUUGGCAAGAUAGACAUCUUCCACAACUAUCUCCUCCGUACCAACAAUUUAGGCUACAUUGACCACUUUGCUGAAGCCUCUCAUCCAACCUCUGUUGCUAUCAUCGAUGAGGAGAAAGAUCAUAGGAAGCCGCAAGUUCACCAGGCUGGCUCAUUUCUCCUUCCGACAUUCUGCGACUUGCACCUUCACGCACCCCAGUUCCUCUACCAGGGCACAGGCUUACACCUGCCGCUGAUGCAAUGGCUGGAUGAGUACGCCUUCAAGGCGGAAGAGCGUCUCGACGCAGAUGCGGAGCUCGCACAGAAUGUGUACAAGAAGCUCGCGGCAACCUUAGUAGAGAACGGCACCGGUGCCGUCCUGCUCUUCGGCACCAUCAAAACAGAGACCAACCUCAUCCUCGCUCGCGCUAUGCAAGAUGCGGGUAUACGGGCAUAUGUCGGGAAGCUAUCCAUGGACAUCUCUUCACGUCCAACGUACAAAGAAGCGUCCGCAGAAGCCGCGCUCAUUGCAGCACAGGACUUCUGCAAGCGAUGCCAUGAAGAGGUCUCCACAGUAGAUGGACAUCAACGGCUGGUCGAGCCCGUUCUCACUCCUCGCUUCGUCCCAACAUGUUCCAACGACCUCCUCCUGGGGCUGGGCAGACUCGCCGCCGAGCAGAACCUCCGCAUACAGAGCCACAUGGCCGAGUCGCACGACCAAGUGCAGUGGGUCCGCGCAGAGCGCAAGGCAGAAGACAUGGACGUCUUCGCACAGCACAGCCUUCUCACCCCGCGCACGGUCCAAGCGCACUGCACCUUCCUCUCCCCCUCCGAGCUCUCUAGCCUCGCCAAGACGGGUACCGCAGUCGCCCACUGCCCGCUCUCCAACGCGUACUUCUCCGCGCGGCCCUUCCGCCUCCGCGAAGCCCUCGCCGCUGGUGUGCCCGUCGGGCUCGGGACGGACAUCGCUGGCGGCUAUGCGAUCGACAUCAUGAGCGCGAUGCGCCAGGCGGUCGUAGUCUCACGCAUGCGCGAAGGCGGGCGGGUCAUGGCGCGGGAUUCUGCUAAGAGAGGCUCCAAAGCGACGGACCGGGAAGAAGGCAAAGACGUGGACCAGGAGGAGUUGAAGGACGAGCCGCUGUCCAUCGACUGGAAGGAGGCGCUGUACCUCGCGACGACGGGCGGGGCCGUCGCGCUCGGCCUCCCCCAGGGGAUCGGGACGUUCGCCGUCGGGGUGCCGUUCGACGCGCAGUGCAUCGAGCUCUAUCGCGACGACGCUGUCGGUAUACGAGACGUCGGGGCGAUGACUUUCUUCGACGAUCCGCGUCCGCAGGGACUGACGGAGGAUAUGAUCGAGAAGUGGUGGUGUCUGGGAGACACGCGGAACCGCUGUGGCGUGUGGGUGCAGGGCAGGCACAUUAGCAUGGUAGGAAUGGCGAUGCUGCCGCGGUAG